AACAGAAAGGUUGAACGCCACGGAGCCAUGGACGCCACGUAGUGGCACGCCACUACGCUGCCGUCCGCAUGGUCGCCACGUCGCGCCAGCGCCAGUGAUCGUGGAGGCCAACCCCGUUUGCCCACACCCGCUCCCACCGCUUUGCCGCUAUAAAAAGGCAAGAGCUCCGCCCAAAGCUCCGCACUUGCGGCUCCGCCACCACCGCCCGCACUCCGAGCACUCCCCGUCGCCGUUUAAGCACUCUGCCACGACCACCACCACCUGCACCUGCACCCCCUUGAGCCUCAGCUAUCCAUACCACCUCCCCAGCAACCAUCCUCGCCAGAGCUCGAGCCCUAGUGGCUAAGCGCCCAAGUACAGAGAAGACAGAGAUAGGAGGAGAUGGAGAGGACACGUGCAUGCCGCCACCGCCGUAGCCUCCGUCGUUUCGGUCGACGAGAAGCUCGAGAAGCUUCACGCCGAGGUCACCAAGCUCGACCAGAUCCUCCAUGUGGUCCUGCUCCCUCCGUCUGCGCCAGGGCGCCGCCGCCGCCCGUGGUCUACGCGGGCUCUUGCGCGGACGCCAACUACGUGGCCUCGCUCAAGGUCAAGCUGCUGAGCGUGGUGUCGGGGCUGAACCGUGGCCUGGCGGCGAGCUCGGAGGACCUGGACCGGGCAGACGCGGCGGCGCGGGAGCUGGAGGCGGCGGCCGGGGGCCCCGUCGACCUAAAUCGUGACCUCGACAAGCUGCAGGUGCGGUGGCGGCUGGUGUACAGCAGCGCCUUCUCUUCGAAAACGCUCGGCGGCAGCUGGCCGGGCCCACCCACGGGCGCGUUGCAGAGCACGGUGUCGGGGCUGAAUUGUUUUUUUUAAUCCACCGUAGGAACGGUGAACGGCUUGAGCUGCUCCUACUAACAUCCUCAGUAGGAGCGGAGCGGUCCGCGCAUCGCUCCUACAGCGGCAGCACUGCAGAAGCCCACGAGUAGUAGCCCUUUCAAAAAACCGCUCCUACAGAGGGUUCUUCCACCGCUCCUAUUGUAGACUUUUGUAGUAGUGUUAGAAAGUCCAAGACCGCGCGCACACAUGCAUCAUAUUUUCAAAUCAUAGAGUAAUUAGGCUUAAUAGAUUCUAUUAAGCUUAAUUACAUCCUGAUUUGAUAAUGGCUA